UGGAGCAAGAAGUGGGGGCGGUGCUAAGUGCAGGUGCAAGUGUAAGUGCGAGAUCACAGGAAAUAACAGGACUGAGGAAAAUAGGUGGGAUGCAGCCAAAGCGAGAAACAGAAACCGAAACGAGGAGAAGAGUAGGGGAGGGAUGCAGAGCAGGCGCAGAGCCAAGAACAAGGGGGGGGCAAGAUUAAGGGGCGAGACGAGGAGACAGGAUGAAACCAGGAGCAGGUUCCAGCCACGCUGAGCGCUGCCCCGCGAUGACUCCUGCUGGUCCUGCGUGGCCAAGACUCCGAGUCCUGUGGGCGCUGUGGUCACUACUGGCGGUGCUAUUGUCACCGUGGAGGCUGGGGGCUGUGGAGGACAACCAGGAGUGCACCUGGCAGGUUGUCCUGAACCAGUUCGAGACGGUAGGCAAAAACCACGGAAGCGACCGCUUUUUCAAUCAAGAGCCCCUAGACACAGUGAACAGUUUGUUGGGCCUUCUGGUGGACUCGCCCAUCGACCUGAACGAGAAAUACAUGGGCUUCCCUUACUACCUAAAGAUCAACUACUCCUGCAAAGGAGAGGCCUCUGAGGCCCUGGUCCGCAAGGGCCACCUGAUGGGGCUGAAGCCUGUGGUGCUGGUCACCUUCCAGUCCUCAGUUAACAUCAAUCACUGGAAGCUAGAGCAGCUUCAGAUCCAGAUGGAAGCAGCCCCCUUCCGCAGCAAAGAGCAGUGCGACGCAGAGGAGGUGUGUGUCAUGAGCUGGUACGUGCCUAUGCCCAUCAAGAACGGCAGUGUGGUCAUGCACGUGGACGUCAGCAGCAACGGCCUGGGGCCCUUCAUUCCUAAUAAAAGGUUUCAGGUAAACAUCAAUGGUUUCCUGGAGAGAGAGCAAGACGACAAACUCAAGUUCACCGUGGGAAAUGAGCUCUUCAAUCUGUUACCUCGGUACUUUGUGAAUGUUUCAUCGAGACCCCUGUGGUGCACUGUGGGCCAGACCCCUGUGCUCAUUCUGGGCGGUAUUCCUGAGGAGAAGUCCGUUUUGCUGACGGACACCAGCUUCAAGGACUUCUUUCUCGUGGAGUUGAGCAUUGACAGUUGCUGGGUAGGAUCCUUCUACUGCCCCAAGGCCAGCUUCACCUCCACCAUCUACGACGCCAUCGCCACCGAGAGCACCCUCUUCAUUCGGCAGAACCAGCUCGUCUACUAUUUCACAGGCACCUAUAUCACACUCCACCAGAGCAACCAUGGCAGUGAGAGGUGGGUUCGUGUGCUGGCUAAUGAAUGUAUCAAGAAGCUGUGCCCCGUGUAUUUCCAUGGCAAUGGCUCCGAGUACAUCAUGGCCCUCACUUCUGGCAAGCAUGAAGGUUAUUUCCACUUUGGGACCAUCACAGAUGGCCGUGUGUCCUUUGAGAUGCUGCCCAGGCAGCAGUCCGUGUGCAAAUGGAUACAAGUUGUCGUCUGCUCCAUAAUCUGGGCCACAUACAUUGCGGACGACUACAAUAUGCUGCUGCUGGUGGAGGUUGAAGACAACAGCACCAGGAAAUAUUUCCAAGUGGCCAACUAUGACGUGGUCACUGAUGAGCUGGCCAUCUUCUAUGCCAUCCCAGAAUUCAUCCCUGACGCUCGAGGCCUGGAGUUCCUGAUGAUCCUAGGGACAGAGUCUUAUACCAACUUCUCAAUGGUUCCUAAAGGCAUGUCCUACAACCCAUAUAACAACCUGCUCUUCAUCUGGGGCAACUUCCUCCUGCAAAGCUAUGACAGUGAAAACUUCAUCUACCUGGCGGACUUCCCCAAGGAGCUGUCCAUCAAGUACCUGGUCAACUCGUUCCAUGGGGACAUAGCUAUUGUCACAGAGACGGAGGAGAUCUGGUACCUUCUGGAGGGCAGUUACCGGGUGUACAAGCUGUUCCCGUCCAAGGGCUGGGAGGUGUACAUCAGCCUGCAGAUGAUGCAACAGUCUUCUCUCUACGCCCCCAAUGAGACCAUGGUCACCCUCUUCUACCAAGACAACAAUCUGUACCAGCUGGUGUACCUUGUAAACAGCCAGCAGAGCGAGCUGGUCAAGAGGCUUGUGCCCGUGGAGCAGCUUCUGAUGUACCAGCAACUCAGCAACCGUUACUUCUUGCAGCGGCAAGGGAGCCACCUGACGCUCUCCUUCACCAACUUAUGCCCCUUCACGGUGAUGCACCUGCGGGACCUGCCCAACCCGCAGAUCUACACGCGCCAGGAGCGCUACCGGGCGAAGCCGCCGCGCGUCCUGGAGCCCUCGGGCUUCCACACCGAGAACUCGCUCGCGGUCUAUCAGGGCCUCAUCUAUUACCUGCUCUGGCUGCACUCCCAGUACGAAAAGCCAUACGCCUACGCCGACCCUGUGCACCACUCCACCUGGUGGAAGAACAAGAAACAGGACCAGGAUUAUUACUUCUACCUGGCGAGCAACUGGCAGAGCGCGGGUAACGUGCACAUUGACGUGGACAACUACAAAAAGAUCUACGACCUCAGUGCCGAGUACGAGCUCCCCGAGCGCAUCUUCCUGGAUAAGGGCUCCAGCUACAGCUUCUCCAUCUUCCUGACGGUCCGGAGCCACUCGUUCAAGUCCCAGCCGGAACUGGGCAACAGCUUCCAGCUGCAGAACGAGGUGGACCUGGGCGUGGUUCUGGCCGACCCCGGCUGCACUGAGGCGGUGGUGAAGCAGAAGGUCCCUACUAAUCGCAACUCGGUGCUUUUCUGGGUUAUGCUCAGGGAUAAAAGCUUUUGCUUGAACCAGGGUGUUAGUGGACAUUACCUCAUGAAGACCUCCAUGCUGGUCAAGGUGGUGGGCUCCGCUGGGUACUGCUUCCAGAACACCAUCCACGGGCCUCGCAUGCAAGGCAACCUCAUGAUGCCAGUGUUUAUUGGCUGCCCCCCGGGCAAACGUCUGGCCUUUGACAUCACCUACACCCUGGAGUACAACCGCCUGCAGAACAAACACUACUUCGACUGCCUGCACCUCGACCCUGAGAUGCCCUGCUUCCUCUUCCGUGACAUCUUCUACCCCUUCUUCUUGAUCCAAGAUUUGGUGACGGGAGACUCUGGCAGUUUUCAGGGCAGCUACGUGCUGAAGGUGGUGGGCGGGGGACCCACCCUGGACACCAUCAGGGAAUACAGCGAGGAGGAGAUCUACCGCUUCAACAGCCCCCUGGACAACACCUACAGCCUCAUCUGGACCACAAAGAACACAACCACCACUGAGGACUCGGCCUUCAACAUCAUGUCCCACCAGAGCUUGGGCAUCGAGUGGCUGUGUCUGGAGAACUCCCCGUGCCAUGACACCGUUCCCCCUAGCAUCUUCACCCCUGAAUUCUUCUUCAAGGUGUUGGUGAGUAACAGAGGUGUGGACAAGAGCACAUACUGUGACUACCAGCUCGUCUUCCUGCUGCAUAUCCAUGGCCUUCCACUCAGUGCCAAGAGGGCCUUCUUCAUCCUCAUAGUGUCAACCAGUGUGUUUCUCAGCCUGGUCUUCCUCUACAUCAUCGUCUGCCUCCUGUUUCCCCUUAUGGUGAAAGGCUGCAACAUCCUCCGCUGGAAGAUCAACAACAUACUCACCACAGAAUUCUACUACACCCACAGCUCCUCUUCCGGAGUCGGUAGCAGCACAUCUGGGACCAGGCCCACUGUUAGCUCCAGGAUCAGCUCCAAGGUGGUAGAGAACAAGGCUGAAACUGAGAAAAUCAUGAAGAAGUCACUGACCUGAGCCUCUCACUUGCCCCACCCAACCCUCACCCACCCUCAUCCCUUACUUCCUGGGCCAUUUUGGAAAUUCCACCUGUCACCCACCCCAAGCCUUCCUUUCUGUUUUGCUUGAAUUUUCACUUCUCCUUCAGAACACACAGCCACAUAGGUCAUUAAAAUACCAAAAUCCUUCUGUGCC